GUUGUGUGGUGCUUUUCAGCUCUCACAGUAUCGAGUCCAGCAGAACAACUGUGUGGACAUGGGAUGAGAUGAGGAGGACAAAGACAUGCUCGGCUUUUAAGAACAGUUUUUUUCUGUAGGUAAUUAUGAAGGAUAAAUGAAGCGAAGGUGACGUGCACCGAGUACCAUGAUGAACCAGAGUGAGCAGGAGGAUAUGAAACUUAUCAUUUUCAUCACCAUACCUAUGUCGUCCAUCAUCGUCCUCACCAACCUGCUCAUCAUCAUGGGUAUCACCUGCAACAGACAGCUCCACGACACACCCAACUACUUCUUCCUGAGCCUACUUCUGGCAGAUGUCUGCACAGGCCUAGCUCUGCCCUUCAUCCCUUGCAUGGGUAUCAAUCGACCACUGAAUUAUCAAUCCUGCCUGCUUGUACACAUCUUCCCCAAUUUCCUCUUCCUGUCUUUCCUCUUCAACCUUGUCAUGGUGCACUACGAGCGAUAUUUGUGCAUCGUCCAUCCCCUGCACUACAGCCAGUUUUGGGUACACCGCUGCUUUCCAGCUGCACUUUUAGCUGUAUGGAUUCCUCCUCUCCUCUACGCUAGUUUACCUGCCUUUGGAUGGAACAACUGGACAGAGAAACAACUUAACAUCAGUUCGAUUUCAAAUACCUGCCAUGCUAAUGAGUGUGGCUACAAUUUAACAGUGGAUAUACAAGCAGGAAGUAAAAACUCUUCAGGAACGCCUGAUGAUGAUAAUGAAUACUGCUCCUACAAACAGAUCUUUCCCAAACCUUUCAUCUACUUGGAAGUCUAUGGGCUGCUCCUGCCUGCCAUCUUCUCCAUCCUGGCCAUGACAGGGCGAGUUCUCUGGAUUACACGGAAGCAAAUGCGUGACAUUUGUAAGCUUAACCGCGCCGUGGAGCGCAAUGAGGCCUCAGAUCAAGAACAUCGCCUCAACCUGCGCUACGCAAAGUGUGUUGCUGUAAUCUCGCUCAUUUUCCUGGUCUGCUGGGUGCCCUACAUCGUCUACCUCCAUGUUUCUGUUAUGUUGCUUCGAAAAGAUUGGAAUACAAACUCCCGCCUUAACACCAUCCUCUCAUGCACGGGAAUCGGUAGCAUGGCCAUCAUACCCAUCAUCCUUAGUCUUUCCAACAGGCAGUACACAGAGCCAGUGCGUAAACUGCUGAUCAAAAUCAGGACUCGCUGUUCAAGGAAUCAAGACUUUGGAGAUUUCCCCUGAAAACUUUUCAAUUUCUUUUUUAACAGCAAUAGCACAAUGAACGCUGUUAUCAAUGUGUACCAGGAUGGUGUAGCUGAAUCAAUUUCUUUGCUGAUUUUUACUGGUCAAUUUCCUUGACAGGUUGUUAAGUAGCUAGUGUGAUAACAUUCUGCUGCAUUCCAGUACUGUUUUCAAAGUUUCUUUGUCAAAGAAAACUUUUCACUUCCUUGUUGGAUUUGACCCUAAUGGUUUCCAGUAAUGACCUAACAGGUUUAAUGAUUGAUUGUCUAGUUACUCUUUGUUUAAUUACAAAGCUUGAUUCAAUCUUGAACCUAUAGUAUCAUGAGUAAUAUUUUGGUGAUUUCUUGUUUUAUGAAUUUCCACCUGAAGUGCAGGAUCAUAACAGAUUCUAUCACAAAAGUACAGUGAUGUGCAAAAGCCUUAAGCCACCCCUCAUUUAUUAUUAUUUUGCCAGAAUCUUUUAGUGGCAUAUGAAUUAUUAGAGUAUAAGAAGCGAUUAAAUUUAAUGCAUGAACCAGUGAGAAACAGGUACAGACGAUGACAGAUGAUCAGGCCAGUGAUUAGUAUACUGGUGAUGCUGAAUGCUGAGUGGUUGGAACAGAUGAAAGGGGAAAUGAGGUCGCAUAAACAACCAAUUUUCAAAAUUGUAUUUACAGGCACUUUGCAGCCUGUCACAAUAAAACAUUUGUUCCCAUUUCUCUAAUUUAAUCAACAUUAUUUUACCUAAUUUUAUAUAAAGACAUAUGGGGUGGUUCAGGACUUUUCCACAGAACUGUACAUUACGGCCAAUAAAUUCUGAUGAAACUGCUGCAGAUUAGCAUAUUUUAAUCACAAAAGCAAGUAACAGUAAAAAACUGCUACAUGAUAAACCACCAGGACCGUGAACACUGAGCAGUGUUUGAAAAACACUAAAUAACAUUUAAAUGGAAUAAAAAAAAACUGUUAUACAGCAUUACACAAACAAGGAAACACCUGUUAACAGGUAAUGUGAAUUUGGUUUUAGUGAUAGUUCUUCUAGUCAAUUGCUUUUUCUUAGCUAUAAUGUAGAUUUAGCUGAUGGACUCAAUAGCUGUAAAAUAGACCAGUUGUAUGAUUUUUGUCCAUUCCUUUCUUUUCUUUUCUUUUUAAAUGGAACAUCAAAUGUUUUUACUUGUGCACAUUGUCUUCAGUCAGAAAAAAACUUUCUUUCACUUGUGUUUGAUAAAUCCAUCGACAAUGAAGCACUCAUUCAAUGAAAAGAAAGCACAUUUAAUAAUGUUACCUACCCAUUUUUUUUAAUGAUGCAUACA